AUGGUCUUCCUCAACAGCAGUAACUUCAGACCCUUUCUUCUGACUGGCUUCCCUGGCCUGGAGGCUUCACAUCCAAAGAUAUCUAUUUUGUUUUGUGUCCUGUAUCUAAUUGCCCUUCUGGGGAACAGUGCUAUCUUAGUAGUUAUUUGGAUAGAACAGACACUUCAUGCACCCAUGUACCUUUUUCUUUCCAUGCUGGCUGCAAGUGACCUGGGACUGUGCACUACCACCCUGCCUACUCUGCUCAAGCUUUUCUGGUUCAAUGCUCCUGAAAUAGAGUUUGAUGCCUGUCUCACCCAGAUGUUCUUCAUCCAUGUUUUCUCCUUAAUGGAAUCAGGCAUCCUACUGACUAUGGCCUUUGACCGAUAUGUGGCUAUCGCCAGCCCACUCAGGUACACAACUAUUUUGACCAAUGCCACCAUUGUCAAGAUAGGCAUAGGGAUUUUGAUACGGGCUGUGGCUGUCAUCCUCCCUGGGCCCAUUCUUAUUAAACAGCUGAUGUUUUGUAAGCCCAAUGUGCUCUCUCACUCAUACUGUCUGCACCCUGACAUCAUCAAGCUUUCCUGUUCUGAUCACCGUAUCAAUAGCAUCUAUGGCCUCAUAAUAAUUCUCAUCACCUUUGGACUGGACUCUGUAUUAAUCCUCCUCUCUUAUUUGAAGAUCCUGAUCACUGUGUUAGGCAUUGCCUCCCAGGAAGAACAAUUCAAGGCCCUCAAUACUUGUGUUUCCCAUGUCUGUGCUGUGUUGCUGGUGUAUGUCCCAAUGCUUGGAGUAUCCAUUAUCCAUCGCUUUGGGAAGCAUGUUCCAGCUGUGGUACACAUUAUUAUGGGCUAUGUAUAUUUAUUAGUUCCUCCUGUUCUCAACCCAAUUGUAUACUGCAUUAAGACCCGGGAGAUACGUAUCCGUAUUUUAGGUAAUCUACUGAAAAUGUAA